UAUAACUGUAACCUUGGUUUACUUCACAAAUUACUCUUAGUAUCACGAUGGGAAUGGCUACUAUCACUAAGAAUGUGAUGAAAGGUCUGGGCAUUUUUCUCAUGCUUCUGUCCCUGGUUUCGGCGACCAAGGUGAAGGAGCAGGCAUGGCGAGAACCCUGUGGUGGGCCCCCCGCUGCCCCACCCCCGGGCUUACCUGUACCUCCGCCAAUCACAACCGUUAACACCAUGAUUCCGAUUCUCGAAGAUUCUGUGUUUAAAGCCAACGAACUGAAGAAUAAAUAUCUGAACGAGAGAUUCUCAAGCAAAGAUAGGUUUAUAGCCAUGAUGAACGACUUCCACUUCGAGGGAAUGCCAGCUGUUUCUAUGAGUCUCUCGGAAAUUUCACAGUCACUUUCAAACCUCACCCUUGCUCAUCAAACUAACUACGAGAAGGUAUCCCGAGCCUUGGUAUUUUUAGAACAAGUUGCCCUUGACGAGGACUUGCUUGAGAGUUCAUCUUAUAUCGACGAUGUAUCCAGUAUUCAAAUAGGGGCUCUGAAUCUUCUCUGUAACAAACAGAAGUUGAUCCUCAACGCCGGGGCCGUCAUCAAUUACGUUUCGUCUUCGAUAAUGAAGGACGAUGUGAGGGGAUACAGCAACAUAUUCGAACGUCACGUUAGGGAUUAUAUCAUUGUAAAAGACGUGUACAGGCUACUGGAAACCAUGCUUACCCACGUUCAGGCUAUCCACAAUAGUCUCGCUGCGUAAGCACCACCGCGAGACUUGAACCCACAUUACUCAGGCUCUUCCCAGUUAGGGAAAUUGAACUACAGUAGAUUAUGUUAAUCGACUUGAUGUUUUGUAUUCAUACCUUAUAAAUAACAACGAAGAUGACGACGAACAAUGGUGACGAAUGUUCAGUUUGAUGAAAACACCGUGAUUUUGUGUACGUAAAUCUAUAUUUUAUCUUUUGUAAAAUGAUAUACAAUAUUUUUUUUCUGAUACAUUUAUUCAUAUACAAUGUUUCAAAGUAAUCGUGAAUGACAAUAUUUACAUCUGUGUAAUAACCAAUUUGUCGCGUUAUUUGCUUGCCUUAUGCUCUCAUCAUUGUUUUUAGUACAUAUGCAUUCAGAUUGAGAGUUGUCAUGUGUAACCUUUGACGGGAGAAAUUUGAAAGGAUCGCAAGAGGUUUCCCGAUACAAUUCAGUAUAUAUAUAAUGGGAGCAAUAAAUUAUGGUCACGUCCUACAUAUAUAUACGUAUAUAUUUAGCCAGGUAGUGUCUUAAUACACGUGUUCAUAUACUACAGGUCUUUUCUGGUAAAAUGUACGACUUAAACAGGUUCCACUGGCCAGUGAAACCUGUUUAAACUUACAAUCACAUACGGAAAAGGAUAAUACAUGAGUAAAAAUAUACACGAUGAGAUUAAUAUGAACACUGCAUUAACACAGGAUUCCGGUUUAAAGUGGCCAAUCUAGAUACGUUUCAUUAUUUAUAGAUAUUAUUAUGUUAUCAAAAUGUACAUGGCUUUUCAUUAUCAUUUAAUCAUAAAAUCUCAUGU